ACCAGCACUAACGUCACGUCGUGUGAAACGAAAACAAAUAACCAAAACAACGGGGGUUUUUAAUAUAAUUCGCAGCUCCUCCAGAUAUUAUCCGAGGGCAAGGAUCAUUCCAAAUAUGAGCGACAGUGGGAAAAAGAAGGAAGAGGAGCAGCCUGCGCCGGCGAAGACCUCUAAUGCCUCCUCCAGUGACGAAGAAGAGGGCGGCGAAGAUAGUGCCACAAUGGAUAUGAUUCGUCGCUUUUUCUCCCACACCCUAAAUCUUGGUGGCUCCACAACAGAUGCUAAAGCAGAGCCCAAACUGGAGAAGGUAAUACCUGACCUGUCGUUCGAGGGCUUAGGCAGCCAUUGGCGCGACCAGGGCUUCCGGAAGAUCGUGACUAUGGUGGGAGCAGGCAUUUCCACCUCCGCUGGGAUUCCGGACUUUCGGUCACCGGGCUCUGGGCUGUACAGCAACCUGAAGAAGUACAAUCUGCCACAUCCCACGGCCAUCUUCGAUCUGGACUACUUUGAGGAGAACCCCACUCCGUUCUUCGCCCUGGCCAAGGAGCUGUACCCCGGCUCGUUUAUCCCCACACCGGCUCACUACUUUGUCCGACUGCUGCACGACAAGGGCCUGCUGAAGCGUCACUAUACCCAGAACAUAGACACUUUGGACAGGCUGACGGGUCUGCCCGACGACAAGAUCAUAGAGGCGCACGGCAGCUUCCACACCAACCAUUGCCUGAAGUGCCGGAAAGAGUACGACAUGGCCUGGAUGAAGGCGGAGAUCUUUGCGGAUCGCUUGCCCACCUGCACCAAAAUGGAUUGCAAGGGUGUGGUCAAGCCGGACAUUGUAUUCUUUGGCGAGAACCUGCCGCCCAGGUUUUACACGUGUCCAGAUGAGGAUUUCAAAGAUUGUGAUCUUCUGAUUAUAAUGGGCACUUCGCUGGAAGUGCAGCCAUUUGCGUCACUUGUCCAGCGACCGGGACCACGAUGUGUGCGGCUGCUAAUCAAUCGGGAUGCGGUGGGCCAGGCCAGCUUUGUGCCCUGGAUGGAUCCGCAUGAGCGAUCGCUGCUCUACAACAAGUCCAACAACACGAGGGAUGUGGCCUUUCUGGGCGACUGCGAUGCCGGGGUCCUGGCUCUGGCCAAAGCUCUAGGCUGGGAGGAUGAGCUGCAGAAGCUAAUUACAAAUGAAAAGAGAAAACUAAACGCGAAGGAGCAGCAGCAGCCGCAGGACAAAGAGAAACCGCAUUCGGACCCAGAUCAUGCGGCUUCCGGCAAGAAGGAUGCCUCGCUGUAGUCCUCCCCCCUCCUGGUAUUAGUUAGUACAAUUCCUAGUUAAUUUGUAGUUGAAGAGUGCAAUUUCUGUACAUGGCUAUAACGUGUAUAAAAAAAAACCUGACAAUGGACUGGACAAUGACAUGUGUGCAGGCAGUCCUGGCUAAA